AUGAACGUUGUAUCCCAAGAGGUAAUCCGCAAACUGCUGCUGCCUGUAGAAGACCACCCGAAACCGUACAAGUUGAGCUGGGUGGAUGACACAUCCAUUCUGGUGCGUCAACGGUGCCUGAUCACUUUUUCCCUGGGCCAACACUAUCAGGAUGCCAUUUGGUGCGAUGUGAUUCCAAUGAAGGCUUGCCAUGUACUGCUGGGGCGCCCUUGGCUGUAUGACAGAAGGGUAAAAUAUGACGGCUAUACGAAUACAUACGCUUUUCUGUUUAAUGGCAGGAAGAUCGUGCUACAACCCAUAAGGAUUCAGGAGUUUGAACAACCACGAGAGGAGAACCGAAUCUUGACGAUGAGAGGUUUUUCCCAAGCUUGCCGUGAAGUGGGCCACAUGUUUGUCCUGGUCUCCAAGCCCACCCAAGCCGAUAAGGCUGCCGCGUGGCCAAUGGAGGUACAAGAACUCUUGCAAGAAUUCUCAAACCUCACUCUUGAGGAGCUGCCGAAUUCCCUGCCUCCACAGUGA